AUGCUGAGCUGCAUUCGGGGUGGUGCCGCAGCUGCAGAAGUCACACCUGGGCUUGGGACAGGAGUAACAGGACUGGGCGGGCCCUCUGGAACUUGGCUUGGACUUCCAGGAUGCAAUGGAGGACACAAGGAAGCACACGGAGAUGAUGAAGAGGAGGUUGUGGUGGCCGAUAGCCCCAACUUGGGGGAAGCCAUUUUUAUCCGACUGGCAGCAGAGGGCAGGAUCAAAAGCUGCUGGGGUUGUUUCUGUUUCCGACGGGACAUGUCUCUGCAGGGCUGGACCCGCAAGGAACUGGCCAGCAAGAAACCCUAA